CUGAGUAAAAAUACACACUUUCACAGCCAAACGAACGCAACCUCGGGUGUUAAGUCGAACGUCAACAGAGAGGACAUGUAAAGCCAUCGUUUUGAAAAGGAGGAAUUGUAUACGCUGACUAAGGAGAACACAUUAAGUUCACAUAUCGAGCCUUUCUUUUAUAAGGUCCUGCUGUAGUUCUGGUCUGUAUCCAGUCUCCUCUCUAAAUGGCGAUAGCACGCCAGUUUGGAUUACUCUUGUGGAAGAACUACCUUCAGCAGAAGCGUCAGAUCCUGGUGACUCUAGUGGAGAUCGCCCUGCCCCUGCUCUUCUCGGGCAUCCUCAUCGUGCUGCGCGAGAACGUGCCCUUCAAGGACUACCCCAACGCCACGCUCUACCAGAGCUUCUCUGUGGAUGGCCUGCAGUACCCACUGGACAACUACCAUCACUACCAGUUGGCCUACGUGCCGGGCAACGCCAGUGUGGUGCGGUGGGUGGCGGAGGACGUGCAGCGCAGCCUGCACCCCGUCAUCAGUUCAGUGUAUGGGUUUGAGACAGAGGAGCAGUUUGAGGACUUUGUGAGGAAGGACCCUCAGUCUCGGAAGGUUCUGGCUGCUGUGGUGUUUGAGCACUCCUUCACUCACGAUGAUGAGCCACUGCCCCAACAGGUCAGCUACCACCUGCGGUUCAGCUUUAGUCCCCGUAAUGCCCCGGCCAAGGAGAAGUCUGAGCUAAACAUCAACAAUGACUUUGACUGGCACACCCUCAACUUGUUCCUCUUCCAACUGCCCGGGCCCAGGGAGCAGUACGACCUCCAGGGGGGCACGCCUGGUUAUUUCCGCGAGGGCUUCCUGGCAGUGCAGCAUGCGGUCAACCAGGCCAUCAUGCGUUCCUAUAACAGCACAGGAGCAGCCUGGCUCCUCUCCCACACCCGGGUGGUCCUCCGCCGAUUCCCCUUCCCGCCGUUCAUGUACGAUGUGUUCAUCCUGGCCAUCCAGAACCAGCUGCCCCUCCUCCUGGUGCUGAGCCUCACCUAUACCUCUCUGAACAUCGUGAGGGCCGUGGUGCAGGAGAAGGAGAGGAAGCUCAAGGAGUACAUGCGGAUGAUGGGCCUCAGUAACUGGCUGCACUGGACGGCCUGGUUCCUCAUGUUCUUCCUCUUCCUCGCCAUCUCCAUGUUCUUCGUCACGCUGCUCUUCUGCAUCAAGGUGAGCCCUAAUGGAGCUGUGUUGACCUAUAGUGACCCCACCCUGGUCUUUGUCUUCCUGCUUGUCUUUGCCGUGGCAACCAUCAACUUCAGCUUCAUGAUCAGUGCCUUCUUCUCAAGAGCCAAUGUGGGAGCGGCGGCGGGCGGCUUCAUCUACUUCCUGUCCUACCUGCCGUACGUGUUCCUAUGGCCUCGCUACGACCUGCUUAGCCACGCCCAGAAGGUGUCUGCCUGCCUCAUCUCCAAUGUGGCCAUGGCCAUGGGAGCGCAGCUACUAGGCAUGUUUGAGGGCAAAGGCACGGGGAUCCAGUGGUGUAACCUGUUUGAGUCGGUGACGGUGGACGAUGACUUCUCCCUGGCCCAGGUGCUGGGGCUGCUGCUGCUGGAUGCCCUGCUCUAUGGCCUGGUGGCCUGGUACGUGGAGGCUGUGUUCCCAGGGGAGUACGGAGUCCCUCUGCCCUGCUACUUCUUCCUACUGCCGUCCUACUGGUGCAGCAGCCCCAUGGCCAUGGUGAAGGAAGAGGAAGACGUGGAGAAGGCUCUGAAGGGAGAGUUCAUCGAGGAGGAGCCAGCCGGACUGGUCUCAGGAGUCAAGAUCAAACACCUGAACAAGGAGUUCAAAGUGGGUAACAAGAUGCGGCAGGCUGUCAAGGAUCUGACAGUGAACAUGUUCGAGGGCCAGAUCACAGUUCUGCUGGGGCACAACGGAGCCGGGAAGACCACCACACUCUCCAUGCUGACAGGUCUGUUUCCUCCCAGUAGUGGCAGGGCCUACAUUAACGGUUUCUCUGACAUCUGUCAGGACAUGGCUCUGAUUCGCUGUCACAGCCUGGGCCUGUGUCCGCAGCACGACGUGCUCUUUGACAACCUCACUGUCCGGGAGCACCUGCUAUUCUACACACAGUUGAAGGGGUAUCCCCAGGAGAAGAUUCCAGCUGAGGUGGACCGGAUCAUCAGGAUUCUGAACCUGGAGGACAAGCGACAUUCCCACUCCAAGACCCUGUCAGGUGGGAUGAAGAGGAAACUAUCCAUUGGCAUCGGCCUCAUCGGAGACUCCAAGGUGGUGAUGUUGGAUGAGCCCACGUCGGGCAUGGACCCGUCGGCGAGGCGGGCCACCUGGGACCUGCUCCAGGGCGAGAAGCGCGGGCGCACCAUCCUGCUGACUACGCACUUCAUGGACGAGGCCGACCUGCUGGGGGACCGUAUAGUCAUCAUGGCUGGGGGAGAGCUGCAGUGCUGCGGCUCUCCACUGUUUCUCAAGAACAAAUACGGUGCUGGCUACCACAUGGUGAUCGUGAAGGAUGCGCUGUGCAACGUGUCUGAGAUCACACGGCUGGUCCACAUGUGUGUUCCCAAUGCCACGCUGGAGAGCAGUGCUGGGGCUGAGCUCUCAUACAUUCUGCCCAAAGAGAGCACCAACCGGUUUGAGCUGCUGUUUGCAGAGCUGGAGAUGAACAGAGAGGAGCUGGGGUGGCAUCGCAUCAGCUAUGGAGCCUCUGUCACCACCAUGGAGGAGGUCUUCCUCAGAGUGGGGAAGCUGGUGGAUUCUAGCCUGGACAUCCAGGCCAUCCAGCUUCCCCCGCUGCAGUACCAACACGAGAGACGCUCCCACGACUGGACCAUGGACGACACCAGCAGCUACAGCGGCAUGACGGACGUCACCGACUUCACUGACAGCGGCACGCUCAUCUCCGAGGACUGCUCCAACAUCAAGCUCAACACCGGGGCCAGACUGUACAUGCAGCAGUUCUAUGCCAUGUUCCUGAAGCGGGCGCUCUAUAGCUGGAGGAACUGGAAGGUGAUUGUGGCCCAGUUCCUGGUGCCCCUGGUGUUCACCGUGCUGGCCCUGGUGGUGGCAAAGACCUUCCCCGGGCGCCACGACUCACCGCAGCUGAGGCUGGCACUGGGCCGCUACGGCCCCACCACCGUGCCCGUGGCCCUGGAGCCCGGCAAGGGACCGCUGGCAAUCGCCCUGGCACAGGUGUAUUCUUCACAAUUGGCAGCCCAGCAAGCCCAGGACGUCAAUAUUAGGGACUUCACGGAGUACGUGCUCACCAAGACCGAGGAGGAGGGCGGGGCAUUCAACGAGCGCUGUGUGGUGGGUGCAUCAUUCAGCGGCGGCACGGGGGAGAUCGCCGAGGUCACGGCCUACUUCAAUAACCAGGGCUACCACACGGCCGCUACAGCCCUGAUGAUGGUGGACAACACCCUGUUCAAAAUGCUGGCCGGGCCCAACGCAUCGAUUAUGACGGGAAACAUGCCCAUGCCCCGCAACGUCUCAGAGAGCGCCCAGAGUCAGCUGACAGACUUCCUGUUCUCCACCGCUGCCACCGCCUCACCCGCUCACCAUCUUCAACAUCAUCAGCGGCACCGCCUCCUUCCUCACCGUCCCAUCAUGACCAUCCCAGAGCUAUGUCUACAGGACCUGUCUCGUAACCUGGACAAGGUGUUCCUGCUCUUCCCUAACUACUGCCUGGGCAUGUCCUUCAGCCAGUUCUACCAGAACUACCAGUUCAUCACCUUCUGCACCCCCAACCCCGUGACCACGGCCUUCUGCCGUGCCUUCAACAUCACGUACCAGGAGAACUACUUCUCCAUGUCGGAGCCGGGGGUGGGGCGUUUCCUGGUGGCCCUGUCCCUGCAGGGUGUAGUCUUCAUCACCCUCCUCUUCAUCAUCGAGAUGCAGUGUGUCAAAACCCUCCGCCGCUUCCUCACCCACCUCGCCAGCAGACGUAAACAGUUGCCUCUGAUGGGGGAUGCGGCCCUACUGCCGGAGGACAGGGACGUAGCGGAGGAGAGGAAGAGGGUUCUGGAUUGUCAGCCCAUAGUAGAAUCUAUGGUGGGGAGCCCACUCAUUCUGCAGGACCUCAGCAAGGUAUACAGCAGUGGAGAAACAGUACUGGCGGUAGACAGACUCUCUCUAGCAGUGGGGAAAGGAGAGUGUUUUGGCCUGCUGGGUUUCAAUGGAGCAGGGAAGACUACCACCUUCAAGAUGCUCACCGGGGACGAGACUGUCACCUCUGGCGAUGCCUACAUUGACGGCUACAGCAUUCUGAGGGAUGUCAAGAAGGUACAGCAGCGGAUUGGCUAUUGCCCGCAGUUCGACGCUGUCCUGGAUCACAUGACAGGAAGAGAAACGCUGAGCAUGUAUGCUAGGCUCCGGGGGAUACCAGAGAAAUACGUGUCAGGCUGCGUGGAGAACGUGCUACGGUCCUUACUACUGGAGCCCCAUGCUGACAAACUGUGCCGCAGCUACAGUGGGGGCAAUAAGAGGAAGCUGAGUGCGGCUGUGGCUCUGAUUGGUGGACCCCCGGUCAUCUUCCUGGACGAGCCGUCCACUGGCAUGGACCCGGUUGCUAGGCGACUGCUGUGGGAUGCUGUGACGCGCACCCGAGAGUCUGGAAAGGCCAUCAUCAUCACCUCUCACAGUAUGGAGGAAUGUGAGGCCCUGUGUACCCGGCUGGCUGUGAUGGUGAACGGUCAGUUUAAGUGUCUGGGCAGUCCCCAGCACCUGAAGAGUAAGUUUGGCAGCGGCUACACACUACUGGCUAAAGUACGAGUGGACAAGGAGGUGGAGGAUAGCGACCUGCAACUCUUCAAGGACUUCAUCGAGAGCACCUUCCCAGGAAGUCUACUAACAGAUGAACACCAGGGCAUGGUGCACUAUCACUUAACUGACAAGACUCUUACCUGGGCACAGGUGUUUGGCACCCUGGAGGCAGCCAAAGAGAAGUACAACAUCGACGACUACGCUGUGAGCCAGAUCUCCUUGGAACAGGUGUUCCUCAGCUUCGCCCAGUUCCAGCAUUGCAGCAGGAAAUAGAUACAGCGAGGAGGAAGAAGAGGGGGAGCUCCAUCUCUCUGUUUCUCUCUCUUUCUCUGUCCAUCCGUCGUGUGUAUCUCUCCACUCUGUGUGGCUGACCUGUGUACAUGGGCUCGACUAUGUGACGCGCCACUGAGCUAUGAUCAGGUCUUGAUCAACAUACACACAGACAUACACUGUGCAGUGAUGGAGCAGAGUUUGAAUCCCUGGACACCCGGUCUUCAACGUGGCCGUGUUACCCCAGCUCCCUCUAACCCCGCUGGGCUUGGUCUGCCAACCAGACUGGACCUGUUGAUCCAAGCCUGGGUCUUAACCAUCAACCACUCCUUUCUCUUCUGUUCAAUCAGUUUGUGUGUUGGACAUUGAGGUCAGUACAGAGGCAAGGUUAGGGUUAGGGAGUUCUAAGUAAGGAAUCUUCGAUGUUACCCCUUUUUGUCUUUGACGUUUAAAGACCAUGUAUACAACUGGAUACCACUGGAUAUGAUGGUCUACUCUGUAUAAUACAACUCAGCCUUGUGAAUGUGUGACAGGCAGGGUUGUGAAUGUGUGACAGGCAGGGUUGUGAAUGUGUGACAGGCAGGGUUGUGAAUGUGUGACAGUCAGGGUUGUGAAUGUGUGACAGGCAGAGUUGUGAAUGUGUGACAGGCAGGGUUGUGAAUGUGUGACAGGCAGGGUUGUGAACUGUAUGCAGCUUUCUUUAUGAAUGAUUUUUGUCUCCUCAUAUAAUUCUUACUGUGAUCCUAAACAAUUGUGCACAGUGGGUAUUGUUCGUCACUGAUAUGAUUGAAAUAUACAAUGAAGCACUUCAAGUGAUGGAAUUGUAAAACAAAUCAACAUUUUUUUUUUCUUUAUUAGGGUAAAUGCCAUGCUAAUGCCAUGCCAGGGUAAAUGCCAUGCUAAUGCCAUGCCAGGGUAAAUGCCAUGCUAAUGCCAUGCCAGGGUAAAUGCUAUGCUCUAACACGUGUUCAUCAUUUUUGGUCGGAUGUAAAUGAUGUAAUAGAUUCAUGGUACUGAAGCCACUUCCGGUAGGAAAUCAUUAGAUUGGUUUGCAGAAACAGUAGCUAACAAUUGCAUGUCUGAAAGAACAACAACCUCUCUGCACUGCAUUGCAUGGCACACCAAAGGUGUGCUAGGUAUUGAGUUGCCCUCAGACCAUCAUCAAAAUUCCUAAUUGCAAGAUUCAGAAAGAAAAAAGGUCUUGAAGGAUUUGGGCAUGUUGGACUGUGUGGUUUCUAUCCUGAGCAUUGUGUCCACUGACUGAAGCACAACUUCCCUUUCUACGGGCUAUAGUAAGUUUGAUGCAGUGUCAUAGUUACAGAAUCACUAUCUCAACCUGCUGAGGUACAGAUAUGUUAUUUGACUUUAAGGGACAAGUCAAUGACCUUGUGAAAUCACUGAACCCACACUAAUUUAACUGCAGUUUAAGCAUUUCUUGUUAACUUUAUUUGUUUGUGUGCUGUCCCUUUACUGCUGUCAAUUAUACUACUACAGUACUACAAUGUUAUUCCUGAAGGCUGAAACAAAAUGAUGUUUUUGCUUAUCAAUGUGUAGAUGCAUUACAGCUAUGGACCAAUGCACUGUUACUUCUUCUUAAUAUAGAGUUUAGAGUACUUUACUAUAGAGUAACACAGCGUCCAGUCAACAAAUCAGUCACUUUUUCCCGUCCAUUGGCUGUUUUGUUUUCUCAUUUGCAAACCCUUUCUCAAUGUAAUUGAAUGAAGAGGUUGAAUGAGAAUGUGAUGUUUAAAGACAGUAGCUUCCACAGGAAUGAAAGUAUUUCUGUCCAGACAGAGAAUUCCUGCGUCUUGUCCCAGCAUUCCAUUUAUACAUUUUUUUUGCUUUGUGGAAAAUGUUUAGGCCAAGUCCAAUAUUUAGUCCAAUUGUGUCUCGACAGGUUAACUCUCCUAUGUUCUCCCAAUGCUACACUGGUUGAUGUGGUUAUGUAUCUAACCUAUCAACAGUAGUCAUGGGAGCAUAGUAUAAACGUCUUAAAGGGGUAGCUGACUUUUUUGUUGAUGUUUUCAGUUAAAAAAAGUAAGCUGUCCUUUUUAAAAGAAUGUUUCUGAAAAUGGUUAACUUAUCAAUGCAACUGACUGUAAAACAGCCUCUUUAUAAGGACCAUGAAGGAUCAACUCUGCCCCCCAAACCCCUCCCUCAUAGCUCACUCAAUCUAGCAAGUUGACUUUUUAUUUUAUUUUUUAAAAGCACUUUUGAAGUAAACCUCCGCAACAAUGGCUGUUUCUGGGAUGGUGGAACUUAAGCACUGUGUAGGAUAGUUGACAAACUGAUAGGCAAGUGGUGACAGACUUAAGUAGAGGCUGACGUUCAUGUUUGGAAGACAAAAAAUAGUGCUUAUUGAUUAUACAGGGCUCUGUCCUGACAACUGUUUUUGUUACGUUUAUACAUAUUAUAGAUGCUAGUUCAUCCAAAUGGACAUGUCUUACAGCAAGUAAAAGAGAACUUGAAAACAUUGUGAUGAUGAUGAUGAUGCAUAUGAUUAGGAUGAAAUACAAUGUAUCAUAUUUAAAAAGGGACUCUUCAUCAUUGUACUCGUAUGUACUGUAUCAUGGAACUAACCUUGUCUACUGUAUAAUUACUGCUAUUAUUUUUUAAAUUAAAUUUGCUUUAUGCAAAUUGGAACAAAAACAA